AUGGAAAAUAUAACAUCGUUGCUGGUCAGUUCUUUGGUGAACAAAACGUUUACUACUGGUCUGGUCGAGUCAACAUCUCUUCCAACUGGUUUUCCAGUGGCUAAGAAUGACGCCUUCUAUCCCCAGCCGGACAAUACAAGUGACGAUCGUCUGCUUCAAUCAAACGCCACAAUUACUUCAGAGUCUAAUAUCGACAAGUCAACUUACUUACAAAGUCUGAGCACCGAAGCAGCAAAUAGAAAUAUCCUGGUGGUUAUCUUUUUGGCACUGCUUAUGCUCAGCGGAACUGUUGGCAAUCUGCUUGUUCUUUAUGUCUACAGUUGCCGAUUUAAACGUUCCUCAUCGAGUUACUUCAUUAUUUCAUUGGCCAUCUUUGAUCUUCUUGCUUGCACAGUCUCCAUUCCGACAGAAAUCUACGAUAUCCGAAACAAAUAUACGUUUUAUCACCAAUCCGUUUGUAUUUUACUCCGUUACUCGGGAACCUUUGUACAGUACGCUUCGGCUUAUCUUCUGGUGGGCGUGGCUAUCGACCGUUACAUCAAAAUUUGCUAUCCACUCAAAAUGAUACCUUCCCUGAAGAUCAAGUGGAUGUGCGUGGUGGCUACUAUCGCCGGUUUUCUUUCGUCGAUUCCUACCAUCAUUUUGUUCGGGAUCAAAAAAGAGAAGACAAGUAUCGCAGCCAUUUUCGGUUCAAACUGCUCGAUUGCCGAGAAGUUCAUCAACUCACGGCUUCGUCAGUAUUAUUUUCUUGUGGUGACGAUUUUGUUUUUACUGUGUGUCUUGGUCAUGAUUAUUUUGUACGUCCUAAUAUGGUGUACAGUAAAACGGCGGAGAGGUUCUGUAAUCGGAGAUUCUGUAAAGAGGCGACCGAGUGACUUAGACAACGGUAAACCAAUGCGCAUCAAGAAGCAGUGCAGUAUAAAUAGCGAUGAUAAUAAUAACUCAGUGUUUUGGGAAGAAGGAGAACGCGCUUCUUUAAAAAGGGGCAGAAGACGACGAAUGAGCAGCGUUUCUGCUGUCCUUAAAAAGAUAAAGGUGACUCGAACGACACUCUUGCUCUUUUCUGUAACUGCGGCUUUUGUCAUUAGCUAUUUGCCAGCCAUUAUGGCGAUGGUAUUUCAAAAGAAGAUUUUCCGACUUCGUCAUGGUGAACUGAUAUAUACAUUUUUUGUGAAAUUUACUUUUAUUAACAAUGCAAUCAACCCGAUAAUUUACAGUUUCCUUAAUGUCAACUUCCGCAAUGAAUGCAAAAAGGUCUUCCAGAAAAUGUAUUGCGGUAAAAACGGUCCGCCAUCACGACAAACGUCAAUGGAAACGGAGGAAGAUAUCAAGUAG